UGGCCCAGAGGAGACAGCAGUCAGCAGGGCCCAGGCGCCGUCCCCUCUGGACCCCACUCCUCCUGGUUGUCACCCGUGGCUGGUCUGGUGGUGGCAUCAUCCUGAAUGGGGUGGGGUCACCCUCUGGCCAGUACCCUGCCUGGUUCCAGUGGUGGGGGUUGGGACACUCCAGUGGUGAUCUCGCGCCUGCCCCUCCCCUGGCUCCAUGGUCCUCAGUGAGGUCCGCCCAGCUGUCUCUGGCCACCUGUCGCUGUCUGUCCCGUCCACCCUCCCAGACUCCAUCCUGUGCUCCGGGCCCAGCGUGGUGGUGGCUGUGGCCUCGGUUUCCUCAUCUGCCGUAUGGGAACAGAGGCCGACAGAGGAGGCCGGGGCCGUGGGCACGCUGGGACAGGAAGACCCCAGGACCCUCCUCCCCUGCCCUCAACUACUGUGGCCAGGGCCAGCCCCAGUCUGGGCCCCCUGCUGCUCCAGUCUACAUGACCACCAGAGCCUCGGAGGAGCUGGACGGAGGCCUGGGCAGCUGCCUGGCCAGCGAGGACCUCUCUGCUUUGGCAGAUCCCUGCCCAGGCCGGCCUCCAGGGGACAAGCCUCCAGAGACCCCCAGGCUGGGCAGCUCCAGCACCUGGCCCCAGGACUCUCGGGAGGCCGAGGCCGUGAGGAAUGUGGCCACCAAACCCAAGAAGAUGGAAAAGGAGCCUGUGGUCAGGGGGAGCCCAGGAGCUGGGAAGGAAAAGCUGAAAUCUGGAGCAACCCCUCGGAGCGUCCCCGCACGUAAGAAGGCGCAGGCCGCGCCACCGCAGCCGUCAGUGCCGCUCCCCGCCCUCGGGGAGGAGCUGCCCUGGGGAGACGUGACCCUCAACAAGUGCCUGGUGCUGGCCUCCCUGGUGGCGUUGCUGGGCUCCGCCUUCCAGCUGUGCCACGAUGCCAUGAUUGGGGAGAGGACCGCCCCCGCACCUGCCCCUGAGCCCUGGGUCCCUCGGAGUUCUCCGCACACAGAGCCGGUGCCCUCCCUGCCUGAGCCCACCGUCCGGGAGCCCCAGGCGGGGCCACCAGCACUCCAGGGGAAGACAGAGGACAGUCCCGAGGUCCCCAUGACCAAGGAGGCCGCAGAGAAGGCUCCAGGGGAAACUGGGGAGGCCACCAGAGAGGCUGCUGGGGAGGACGGAGGGCCCAAGGAGAGGCCGAGGAAGGAGAGGCCGCGGAGGGAAGAGAGGCCACCGAAGGAGAAAAUCCGAAAGGAGAAGCCGCGGAAGGAGAGGCCGCGGGUCGCCAGGGAGGCCCGGGAAGCCCUGCCCCGACGUUGGGAGGCACGCGAAAGGGGCCAUCGGCCUUGGGCGAAGGACCCCAGGUACCCUGAGCACAGGAAAAGGCAGGUCUGGGUCCCCCCGCGGCACCCUGACGACGAGGAGGACGGGCAUCCAGGCCGACAGAAGCUCCGCGCGGGCAAGGGGCGAGGCUGAGCCGGGCCUGGGUCCCGAGCAAGUCCCGGGGCCCAUCUCCCCUCAAUGGCCCCGAGGCUCCAGGAAAAUAAAGCGAGUGCUGCGGCCA